AUGACCAGUUCUGGAGUUGAGGGCAUACAGCGGUAUAAUCCCUGCUUAUGGGAUAUGCAGGAGAGAAUCAAAAUUUUCAAUGAGCUCUAUCUCCACCUUCACACCCCCAUGUACUUCUUUCUUGGAAACCUAGCAUUUUUAGACAUGUCCUGUUCAUCAGUCACUGCACCACGGAUGCUUUCUGACUUCAUCACCACAAAUAACUCCAUAUCCUUUCCUGCUUGCAUGAUGCAGAUAUUUUUCCUAGUAUAUUUUCUAGCUGCAGAGCUUUUGUUGCUGGGUGCCAUGUCCUAUGACAGAUUUGCUGCAAUCUGCCACCCUCUGCAUUACAUUCAGAUCAUGUCCUGGAAAGUUUGUUCACAGCUUGCAUCUUUGAUUUGGGUUUUUGGCUUCUUUUACUCCUUGCUACAUACACUUUGUUCUCUGAGACUGACAUUCUGUGACUCAAAUGUUAUCCUCAACUUUUUUUGUGACCUUCCUCACUUAUUUCAAAUUGCAUGUACUGACACUUUCAUCAACUUGCUUCUCACUGUUACUUUUGGAGGAUCCCUGUUACUAGUGGCCUUUGCUAUAACUUUUAUUCCUUAUGCUCGUAUUUUCAUCACUAUUAUGAGAAUCCGGACAAAAGACGGAAAGCUUAAGGCUUUUUCCACCUGCACAUCUCACCUUGCUGUGGUCUCUAUUUUCUAUGCUUCCCUUAUCUUCACUUAUUUUGUACCUACCACGUCUCUGGUAGAUUUAUACAAGAUUGUGUCUGUAGUUUAUGCUGUAAUUAAUCCGUUGCUAAAUCCUCUAAUUUAUAGUGUGAGGAACAAGGAUCUUAAGGCAGCUCUGACAAGGGCACUGCGUUACACAUCUUUGUUAGGAGGAACCUAG